AUGUUAUGUUCACCAGUACACUCAUGCAGGUUCCUCAACAAGGCUUGUGUGAGAACUAGUACAAGUACUAGUGAAUGGAUGCUGUGCACAGUUACUCAAGUAGAGGAAACUAAACAAAUACUAAGGAUGAUCCCCAUCUGGGUUGCUACGCUUAUUCCUAGCACAAUGCUUGCUCAGACGAACACCCUUUUUGUAAAGCAAGGAGUUACUCUUAAUAGACGCAUUGGCAGAUUCAACAUUCCCCCUGCAAGUUUGAUUGCAUUCACAUCUUUCACCAUGCUUGUCAGUGUUGUACUCUAUGACCGUGUCUUUGUUAAGAUUAUGAAGAGAUUGACUAAGAACCCCAGAGGGAUCACACUUCUUCAAAGAAUGGGCACAGGAAUCAUGAUCCACAUAGUGACUAUGAUAGUUGCAUCUUUGACUGAGAGAUAUAGACUAAAAGUAGCCAAGGAACAUGGGGUAGUUCAAAAUGGAGGACAAGUUCCUUUAAGCAUACUCGUUUUGGCUCCGCAAUUCAUACUAAUGGGAUUAGGUGAGGCCUUUUUAGAGGUUUCAAAAAUUGAGUUCUUCUAUGACCAAGCCCCGGAAAGCAUGAAAAGUCUUGGUACUUCAUAUUCCAUUACUACUGUAGGCAUUGGGAGUUUCAUCAGCACUUUUCUUCUCUCCACAGUUUCACACAUCACUCAGAAAAAUGGCCACAAAGGAUGGAUUUUGAACAACCUGAAUGCUUCUCAUCUUGAUUGCUACUACGCAUUUUUUGUAGUUCUAAACUUUCUGAAUUUCAUCUUCUUCAUGGUUGCUUCAAAGUACUUUGUGUAUAGAGCUGAAAUUUCAAAUUCUAUAGAAGUACUUGCACAAGAACUGAAAGAGAAGACAGCCAAUGUGUCAGACCAAGCUUUCCAAGUGAUUAGUUGA